AUGAGUAAUUCUGAAUCUAGUCGGAAAAAUGCUAAGUGGGAACCAAAUAGUACCAAAGUAAUACUUGACAUUUGUAUGGAAGAGGUUCGUAAACGUGGAAAACCGGGCAUAAAAUUUAAGAGUGAGAAAUGGGAAGAUAUACGUGAAGAAUUUGAAAGACAGACAAAUAAAAGCUAUACUCAAAAGCAGUUGAAGAGCAAGAUGUACAAUUUAAGGACUGAUUUGGUUACUUGGAAACAACUUGUGGGUAAAGAAACAUACUUAACAAUGAACAAUCAGACAGGAACUAUUGAAGCUGAUGCUGCAUGGUGGGAUGCUAAGAUAAGGGAGAAUGCAAAAUAUGGGAAAUUUCGACAUCGAGGACUGAAAUUCCUUAAUGAUUUGGAAUUCAUUUUUGGAGAGAUAGUGGAAACAAGUCAAGAUGCAUCGACACCAACUAGGAGUGUAACUAUUGAAACUAGUGGGAUAAACACAACUCCAAAUGUGUCCAAUACUGAAUCUGAUAAUGACGAUUUCAAUGCUGAAGAUGGUUCUAGCCCGUCAAAAAGCACUCAACCCAAAAGGAAAAGAAAUGCGCCACAAGAUAUCAACAACAGAGUGACAAAGGCUAGGGGUGAAGUCCAAGUAAUAGAGAAUCACAAUGAAGCUGACAAAGAUGAAAUUGCAGUCACAUCUUAUUUCCAUGGUCAGUACUCCAUCUCGAAUUGCACUCAAGUAUUGAAUAUUCUAAAGGAAGGAGGGCGUUUGGAUGGACAACAAUUUUGCUAUGCUCUAGAAUUACUUAGAGAUAGCUUUAAUAGAGCCAUACUUAUAUCCUUAAAAGAUUCGGAGGAUUCUUUGGUGGAAUGGAUUUUAUACAAGUAUAAGUCAUAG